AUGCUGGCCAUCAUUGAGCAAUGGGACGCGCAGGCCGGCUGUUACAUGGACAACACUGAGAAGUUUCUACUACUCUUGAUCUCUAAGCUAGUACUGGAUGUGUUGGUCUUCUACUUUUGCUGCCAGAAGCGUUACACCUUCUUUUUGAACAUGUGCAGCCUGUCCAUUCUCCUGCUCGACUUCCUCGUGGUGUUUCUUAUAGCAACAGUGUGGUUACUUGGACCUGACAAGUCUCUUUUCUCACCGUGCUUCAUCUUGGCUAAUGCAUCGGCAACAUAUGGAGCUCUACCACUCCCCAUGAUGCUCCUGGGUUCAAUCGACUACUGUUUGGGAGAUGCCUCUCUGUACAACCAAAGCUCUUUCAGCAAGCUUGUAAGGAACACAGUAUUGUCAUUGCUGGUGUUGAUUCUGGCUGUUAUUGGCACAUUUGGUCCAGUCAAAGCUCAGAUGAUCAAACUAGAUGAUGACAUACGGACAAGUGUGGUUGUGUGUAAACUGGAUGGGUCUUCGGUGAUAACAUACUUUGUUUGGGGGGUUUUCCUAGCAGUUAUUUGUGCACUGCUGCCCUUUUUCUCAAAGAUUCCCUGCUGGAUGAAAGAGGCUUACAGGAUAUCUGAAGCAAGGGAAGAACAAGAGAAGAGGAGGAGCGACUUGUUGUUCACCCAAACUAACUGCAUGGACACAAAGCACAGUGAGGAGAAUUACCUGGAGGAGACUGACCAGCAGCGACCCCCUCUGUGGCUCAGCCUAACUCUGAGCUUCGGUUUCUUUUGGAUGCCUUACCUGACUGUGUCUGUGGCCUGUCUGCUCAUUGGCUUUGCAGUACCCGCCUACCUUACCGUCAACAUUAUAUGGUUGGAGUGCGCUAACAGUUUACUGCUAGGUUUGGUGUUUUGGGUAAAGAGCAAGACGCUAGGGCCUUACAGCCACCUGCCUGAUCAUGUGGGCUCGUGGCAUAUUUUCUGGCAUUUGAGCAAAGGAACACAACGGCAGCAAAACCCCAUGGGUGUGUAUGACCCAUCAAAAGAGAAGAAAAGCACUCUCCUCUGGGUGUAAUGUGUGUGUGUGUGUGUGUGUGUGUAUACUAGGGGUUGGAUGAAAUAUUUGUAGAGUAAUAUAUCAUUAUCCUGACUUGUGCAAUACAGUUACUCUAUCACUAGUGCUAAGAAAAGGGGAGGGGAAGUCAAUAUCAUGAGACCGAUUGCCCUUGCAAUGUGACUCACUAAUUUAAGACAUGAUAUUAUCGAUCGUGAACUAUAUUUGGGUUAUUGUAUUGUAUCAUGAAUUACCCUCUAAUUCCCACCCCAAAUGUAUACAUGUAAUGUGUGUAAUAUAUGCAAACAGAGACUUAACAUGAUGUGUACACUUGUGUGGAACCGGUGGAUCCUUGACAAUAAUUGUUACUGACUACAGCAAAAACAUGUUUGGGCUUUUCAGAAAAAGCUUUGUACUUCAAUUGCAAAAAUGACAUUUCUAUUGUUUACACUCA